UCCAGUAUGGCAGCUCUGUGGCUCCAGUCCGUGUCUCUGCUGGUCUUACUGGUCGUGUCGUGGCCCGGCACUCAGGCCGCCGCCCCUCCUCAGCACCUGUGCGGCUCUCACCUGGUGGACGCCCUCUACCUGGUGUGUGGGGACCGAGGCUUCUUCUACAACCCCAAGAGAGACGUGGAGCCCUUCAAGGGUUUCCUCCCUCCGAAGGCGGACGGAGCAGCGACAGCGGGUGAGAACGAGGUGGCAGAGUUCGCCUUUAAGGACCUGGCCUUCAAGGAUCAGAUGGAGAUGAUGGUGAAGCGUGGCAUCGUGGAGCAGUGCUGCCACAGACCCUGCAACCUCUUCGACCUGCAGAACUACUGCAACUAG